ACCCACUUCAUCCUAAGUCUUGUCCCUCUUCCUGCUCUCUCUCUCUCUCUCUCUUUUUCUCUUUUCUUUCUUCCUCUCCCCACUUCCAUUGACACUCCCCGCCUUGACGUCGAAAUUCCAUCCACCAAAUCGACCCCGGAUACACACCUCCUAUCGCCAAAUUCUUUACUGUCCACGAUUACACCGCCGCCACUACACCUCCAACCCCCGCGAGGCGUCCGAAGUCGUUGAGUCAUCUCACUGAGAGACGUCGAACAACCACUUCCAUCCUGACCAACGGGUCCGACGAAGCCGCGCAGUGUGAAUUGAAGGAAUUUUUCAUUGCUUGGAGGACAAAUUGUGCGAGCGAGGCUACCGCAGCCGGAAACCAUUCAUCAUGACCGAAUUCAAUGGCCGCCGGGCCCCGAACUUCUCCCAAUACUUGGAAGAUUUGAACGCCAUCCCCUCUCCCUACGACCAGGCCCUGCAGCAGCAACAGCAACAGCAGGACGUGUUCAAUGUCGAUGCCGACUUGUCACUCUUCACCAACACCGAGUUCUUCGACUUUGACAAGUUUGGGAGUUUCGAUCUCCCCGCUUUUGAUGCGGUCGAAGAUGGCAACUCCAAGAAAGGAAAUAAACCCGAGAAUGCACAGAGCUCGGACAUGGAUUUCUUGAAUCUCCUUGGUGAUGGACUGGGCAACAACAUGCCGGAUUACUCCGCCCAAGAAUUUAGUCAAGUCAACACACAGCCGUCGUCCGUUCAGCAACAUGCGCCCUUCCCCGAACCGCCGUCGGUCGCUGAGUCGGUGACUACCCACAAUGCUCCGAGCCAGUCGCUCUCUUCAAACCCCUCGCCUACUUCGACGACGUCGUCACAGGCCUCCACUCCCAAGGUUGCCAACUCGUCCCCGGCUCCGGCUCCGGCCCCGAAGCGCAAAAACACACAGAAAACUCCCGUGAUGACGGUCGAGGAGGCGUCACUACACGCGGCCGAGGAGGACAAGCGCCGGCGGAACACAGCUGCCAGUGCCCGGUUCCGCGUGAAGAAGAAGAUGCGUGAGCAGGCGUUGGAGAAGACCGUCAAGGAGACCACGGAUAAGAACAACGCUUUGGAGGUCCGGGUCACCGCCUUGGAGCUGGAGAACCAAUGGUUGAAGAACCUGAUCACUGAGAAGAACGGCAACUCCGAGGAGGGCAAGACCUCCGAGCACGACAUUGCCGGCAUGUUCAAGAAGUUCCUUGCGUCGCAGAAGGCCAGUAUGCAGGACAGUAGUUCCGAUUCCAAAAGUGGCGUGGGAACGGCGUGAGGUCGCCACCGUGCAAUCUGCUCGUUUUCUGUUUCUCGUUCAUGCGUCUUUAUUUCCAAGUUCUUGUAGAUGUUAUCUGGCGGCUUCAUCUUAUUUUUUGUAUAUUUUCUGGGGUUACCGGAGAGACUGGGGUGGCGUCUCAUGGGGAUUAGGUAUGAGUGAUGAUAAUGAACCCAAUGGAAGGGAUAUCUCCAUUUCA